UAGCUCACAAGUAAUCAAGAAUGUGGCAGUGGCACCUGUUAAAAAAUUGGCCCAAAUAGGAACUACUGUGGUACCCACUGUUCCGAAGUCUUCCUCAGUACAAUCUGUGGCUGUGGCAACCAAUGUUGUUACAGUUACUCCUGUAAAAUCUUUGAAUACUGUAACUACCUUGAAGGCUUCAAGUUUGGGAGCAUCAUCCACCCCUUCAAAUGAGCCCAAUCUCAAAGCAGAGAACUCAGCAGCUGCUCAGACUGAUCUUUCUCCGACAAUGCUAGAAAAUGUGAAGAAAUGUAAGAACUUCCUCGCAAUGUUAAUAAAACUAGCAUGUAGCGGAUCACAGUCCCCAGAAAUGGGACAGAAUGUGAAGAAGCUGGUGGAACAGCUUUUGGAUGCAAAAAUUGAAGCAGAAGAAUUUACUAAGAAACUGUAUGUUGAACUGAAGUCUUCACCUCAGCCUCACCUCGUUCCUUUUCUUAAGAAAAGUGUGAUUGCCUUACGACAACUUGUGCCUAACUCUCAGAGCUUCAUUCAGCAGUGUGUUCAGCAGACUUCUAGUGAGGGAGUAAUCGUUACCUGUACUACAACAGUAACAACUUCUCCUAUGGUAACAACAACAGUUUCCUCAAGCCAGUCUGAAAAGCCCAUCAUUGUUUCUGGAGUGACAACACCCAGAACUGUGUCAGUGCAAACUCUGAAUUCACUCACAGGUCCAAGGGAAGCAAAGGCUGGAGUUGUGACAAUUCAUUCCAUGGGCCCAGCUGCUAUACCAGGAGAAACAACAGCUGGAACUGUUUUCCUUCAGACUUCCAAACCACUUGUGACAUCUGUACCAAAUACAGUUACAACAGUCUCACUUCAACCUGAAAAGCCAGUUGUCUCUGGAGCAGCAGUAACAGUGGCCAUUCCAACAGUAACUUUUGGAGAAACUUCAGCUGCAGCUAUAUGUCUUCCAUCUGCGAAACCUGUUGUUACUUCUCCUGGGACCACAUCAGAUAAGACUGUCAUUGGCGCUCCAGUCCAAAUCAAAAUUGCCCAGCCUGGUCCUGUCCUUUCACAGACAACUGGCAUUCAACAGGCGGUUAAAGUCAAGCAGCUAGUAGUUCAGCAGCCUUCAGGAGGCAUUGCAAAACAAGUGACCACACUUUCCCAUUCCUCUGCAUUGACCAUUCAGAAAUCUGGACAAAAGAAGAUGCCAGUGAACACUGUAAUACCUACCAGUCAGUUUCCUGCAGCUUCCUUUGUAAAGCAAAUUACUCUGCCUGGAAAUAAAAUUCUGUCACUUCAAGCAUCUCCUAUUCUGAAAAAUAAAAUAAAGGAGAAUGGAACAACGAGCUUCAGAGAUGAAGAUGACAUCAAUGAUGUGACUUCCAUGGCAGGGCUCAACCUCAGUGAAGAAAACGCCUGCAUUUUAACCACAAACUCUGAAUUGGUUGGCACACUCAUUCAGUCUUGUAAAGAUGAACCAUUUCUUUUCAUUGGAGCUCUACAAAAGAGAAUUUUAGACAUUGGUAAAAAGCAUGACAUUACGGAACUUAACUCUGAUGCUGUCAACUUGAUCUCCCAUGCAACACAGGAGCGAUUGAGAGGCCUUCUAGAAAAACUGACUGCAAUUGCUCAGCACCGAAUGACUACUUACAAGGCAAGUGAAAAUUACAUCCUGUGUAGUGAUACCAGGUCACAGCUCAAAUUUCUUGAAAAGCUGGAUCAAUUGGAGAAACAGAGAAAGGAUUUAGAAGAAAGAGAAAUGUUACUUAAGGCAGCCAAGAGUCGUUCCAAUAAAGAAGAUCCAGAACAGCUGAGAUUAAAGCAGAAAGCCAAAGAGUUACAACAACUGGAGCUUGCACAGAUACAGCAUAGAGAUGCUAAUCUCACAGCUCUUGCAGCUAUUGGACCAAGGAAGAAGAGACCACUAGAAUCUGGAAAUGAGGGAUUAAAAGACAAUCUUGCUUCUGGAACAUCCAGCCUGACCACCACCAAACAAGUACUUCGUCCAAGAAUCACAAGAAUCUGCCUCAGAGACUUGAUAUUCUGUAUGGAACAGGAAAGGGAGAUGAAGUAUUCUCGAGCUCUAUACCUUGCCCUUCUGAAGUGACUGCUCCACUGUCCAUCCAGAUCCUUGCUGUUUACUGCCAAAGAAGGACAAUAGGGAGCAUUGUUGCACUGUCCUGACAUUUUAAUUUCUGGAAAAUAAUUACCAAUAUUGAAGACCAUUGUUUACAGUCAUAAACUUUUAUUAAGUCUUACCUAUCCAUCCCACAUGUUUUUACAGACUAGAAUUCGUCUUUGUUUUCUGAAAAUCGGUUAUGAAAUACAGUUUGCAUAGAAGUAGACAUCUACCUACCUAUUCAUUUAAUUACAACAAGUUAAG